UUAAAACUCUUUAAAUUUUUAGUAACUGAAGAAAUAACAUCGUAGAAUAAUAAAUUAUGUUGUGGAUUUGGUUUUAAUUCAUAUUAUCUUGCGUACAGUCACCUGUUUUAUCGGCGGCACAAAUUUUAAUUUCCUGUAGUAAUAACUGGAUGAAACGAAUCUUAACCUCAAAAAUUGUUCGACGUGAGUUAAUUCGAAUAUAAAACUGUAUUAACGUUAAACUUAAUUAUUUAAAAUGAACGUAACUCUACCUCCAGGUGCAGGUAUCGAAAAUGUGGAUGCAGAACAAAUGAAAACUUUUAAAGACUUCCUUAUAUCAUACAACAAGUUAGCGGAAUUAUGUUUCACUGAUUGCGUCUCGGACUUCACGUCUAGGAAUAUUAAAGGAAGUGAAGAUAGGUGUGCGCUAAAUUGUCUAGAAAAAUUUCUUAAAGUAAACCAAAGAAUUUCCCAGAGGUUCCAAGAGUUUCAGAUGCUUGCCAAUGAAAAUGCACUCGCGGCAGCUCAAAAGCUGGGCCAAAAUCCAACCUGAUCUAAUUUUCUAUUUUUGUUAUUGCCAUCGUUAGUACAUGUUUGUUACAAAAUAUAGUUUUACCACAAAA